ACACUCCAAAACGGCGUGAAGUUCAAAGCUGCCAAGACGAGACAAUUUCCAUAUCAGUUGUCUCACUUCACUUCCGGCGAACAUUUACAGUUCCCCCCGGCGACUGAUUCUUCCGGCGAAUUUUCCUUUCCAUUUUCUCGGCAAUCAAUCAGGCCUGCAGGCAGAGAAAUUCCCUAGUUUCUUCGCGGAUUCUUGAUUCGAUCGGUGAGGAAUUUCAGAGAUUGAGAUUGGUGAACCCUAGGAAUGAGUCUGUGGUGGAGGAAAUAAGAAGAACAAUGGGGAAGCAUUCGACGAGUGUGUGGAUCACAGUGCAGAAGAAGAGAUGACCACUGAUGAUACUCUUAAUUUUAUCGGUAUCAACCGCAGGUGUGGUUCUCGUGAGAUCUACGUUUGAUUCGUGCACUCUCAUGGGUAAGACGAGCGGCCAAUUCGCGGCGGAGGAGAAGGGAGAGAGCGGCGGCGCGAAGCUCUGGUCUGUUCCAGAGCCUCCGAAUCCUCUCAGUUUCAUGAAAUCGAAGCUCGUCUUUCUCGUGUCUCACGAGCUCUCGCUCUCAGGUGGACCUUUGUUGUUAAUGGAAUUGGCGUUUUUGUUGAGAGGAGUUGGAGCUGAAGUUGUUUGGAUCACUAAUCAGAAACCCCUUGAAGCUGAUGAAGUUAUCUACAGUUUAGAACACAAGAUGUUGGAUCGAGGAGUGCAGGUCAUCUCUGCAAAGGGUGAGAAAGCCAUAGAUACGGCUCUCAAGGCUGAUUUGGUUGUUUUGAACACUGCUGUUACUGGGAAAUGGCUUGACGCUGUUCUCAAGGACAAUGUUCAUAAAGUCCUUCCCAAAAUCCUCUGGUGGAUUCAUGAGAUGAGGGGACACUAUUUCAAAUCAGAUCUGGUUAAACACCUCCCGCACGUGGCAGGCGCCAUGAUAGACUCACAUGCAACAGCUGAAUACUGGAAGAACAGAACUAAAGCUCGUCUUGGGUCUGUUUCCUCUUAUGCACUUCCUAAUUCUUGUUCUUUUUUCUUGUAUACUGUCUCUCGGUGUUGGAAGCUUAACAUUGUGCUCUUGACUGUGCCACGACAACACAGGAUUAAAAUGCCGAAAACAUAUGUUGUGCACUUAGGAAAUAGUAAGGACUUGAUGGAAGUAGCUGAAGACGGUGUUGCAAAGAGAGUUCUGUGUGAGCAUGUGCGAGAAUCUCUGGGAGUGCGGAAUGAAGACAUACUAUUUGCCAUUAUAAAUAGCGUGUCGCAUGGAAAGGGACAGGACCUCUUCCUUCGAGCGUUCCUUGAAAGUCUUCAAAUAAUCAAAGAGAAGAAACUUGAGGUACCCACAAUGCACGCAGUGGUGGUAGGAAGCGACAUGAGCGCCCAGACAAAGUUUGAGGCAGAACUGCGUAACUUUGUUCAAGAGAAGAACCUUCAAAACUACGUCCACUUUGUCAACAAAACCCUAACCGUAGCCCCAUAUCUGGCAGCCACUGACGUCCUCGUCCAGAACUCUCAAGCUAGAGGAGAAUGCUUCGGGAGAAUAACCAUCGAAGCCAUGGCAUUUCACCUGCCUGUACUGGGUACUGCAGCUGGAGGGACAAUGGAGAUUGUCCUGAAUGGGACGACUGGUAUGUUACACGGUGUCGGGAAAGAAGGCGUAAUGCCUCUUGCCGAAAACAUGGUGAAGUUGGCAAAGAACGUGGAAAGGCGGCUCACGAUGGGGAAGAAAGGGUAUGAGAGGGUGAAAGAGAUGUUCUUGGAACAUCACAUGUCGCAUAGAAUAGCGUCGGUGCUCAGAGAAGUGUUGAAAUACGCGGAAGCUCGCUCCCGUUUGUAAAAAUCCGACCUUUUCAACCGGGUUUUCGUCGUCUCUCUCCGGUUAGAUCCUUUCCUUGGUUGAAUGGAGUAUGUUCCGGUCGAAUCCAUGUGGUUGUUCUGGAGCCUCUUGUACAGUACAUGUAGAAAGGAAGAUGGCCAAUUUUGCUUUAUACUACUCAAAAUGUAUUUACGUGUUUGUUUGUUUUUUCAAGCCGUAUAUUGUUAUUUUUAAUUUUUACAUCAGCUCACAUUUUUUUUA